UAUUCCCGCUUUCCAUUCGCCCCAGAUUCAACACACCCAACAUUUUCUCUUGCCCGUCUCUCUCUUUCUUUCUUUAUUUCUUUCUUCUUUGUUCUCUCUGAAAGAAGAAAACAGAAUGGCUGCUGCUGCUCCUUCUUCCCUGACUGUGCUGUGCUUUGCUUCAUUGCUGUCCCUUUUUGUUGUGGUGAAUGCAAGGAUCCCUGGAGUUUAUACUGGUGGCUCCUGGGAAAGUGCCCAUGCUACAUUUUACGGUGGCAGUGAUGCUUCUGGAACAAUGGGCGGUGCAUGUGGGUACGGGAAUCUCUACAGCCAAGGCUAUGGCGUGAACACAGCAGCUCUCAGCACAGCACUUUUCAACAAUGGCCUUAGCUGUGGUGCUUGCUUUGAGAUUAAGUGUGCAAAUGACCCAAGAUGGUGUCACCCUGGCAGCCCUUCCAUAUUUGUCACAGCCACUAACUUUUGCCCUCCUAACUAUGCGCUCCCAAGUGACAAUGGCGGCUGGUGCAACCCUCCGCGCCCUCACUUCGACCUUGCCAUGCCUAUGUUCCUUAAGAUCGCUGAGUACCGUGCUGGCAUUGUCCCCGUCUCUUUCCGUAGGGUGCCGUGCCGAAAGCAAGGGGGAAUCAGAUUCACAAUCAACGGAUUCCGUUACUUCAACUUGGUUUUGGUCACCAACGUCGCGGGUGCAGGGGAUAUCGUGAAGGUGAGCGUGAAGGGAACCAAAACCGGCUGGUUAAGCAUGAGCCGUAACUGGGGUCAGAACUGGCAGUCCAACGCCGUCUUGGUGGGCCAGGCGCUCUCCUUUAGAGUCACGGGCAGUGACAGGCGUACCUCGACCUCGUGGAACGUGGCAUCAGCUAAUUGGCAGUUCGGCCAAACCUUCACGGGAAAGAAUUUCCGAGUUUGAAGACAAUAGACAGAGACGGACAGUCACAGUUCCCCCCCCUCCUCUCCGCCUUUUUUCUUUUAAGUUUUAUUAAUUAGCCUCUUUUUUUUUUAUCUUUGUUUCCCGCCCUUCUAUUUUUCCUUUAUUUUCCCGGAAAAAUUUUGAAGUGGUGGGUUGGGUCCGUGAAAGUAACAGUGGGUUAAAAUGGGGUUUUUAGUAGGAUUUACGGAAAAGAAAGUGCCAAAGAAAGGAAAAAGUGGUGAUAGGCUUAGGAAAGUGACUAAAGUGAAGUAUGUGCGGUAACUUUUUUAUAUCUUCUUUUGGGGCCUAAUAUUGGGUCAAUGUUUCUUUUCCUUCGGUUUGUCAUUGUGCUGGUGGUAAUAGUAAAAAUCCAGCGAAUGGUAAAAAAAAAAAAGUUGUAAUUGAGGGGCUGAAGUGGCUGCAAAAUCCAGAGAAGCAUGUAGCCCGCAGCUCUUGGUCAUAUAGUAAUUUCCCAUUUUACUAUUAUAUAUAAAAAUGUUAAAAGUAUUUUACUUUUUGUCUUUAAA